AUGCCUUGUCUCUUCUGGCUGCCACAUUUCCUCUUCCUUGUCGCUUCUGCGCUCGGCGUCCUCUCUAUCUCGAAGAUUGUAGACGACGCCGACUCCAGCAUCAUAUACUCUCCCGCGGCCCAAUGGACUCAAGGACCGACGUGCGUUAACUGUGCCAUACUACCCGACGCGUCCUUGGCACACGAUGAGACAUGGCACUACGCGACGUACGAUCCAACGGAAGACACUGUCGUCCCCUCGAUCACAUUCAACUUCAGGGCCACUGGCGUCGCCGUCCACAACAUCUUGCCCCCAUUUGUCCCAACAGCACCCUCCAGCAAUGUCGAGCUCGCCUUCGUCAUCGACGGCGAGGCUCAACCGAACUUCUCGUUCACACCCCAGAGCGCCGAUACCGCCUUCGUGUACGACCAGGUCGUGAUGAGCGUUGGAAACCUCUCGUUCCAAGAACACACGCUCAUCAUCCGGAUGCAAUCUAACCAGGCGUCUGUCGUGCUCUUUGACUUUCUCGAGCUCACACUCCCUGACCAGGCGGUUGAAAAGUCUCAUCAAUCGUCCACCUCUGCAUCCACCUCCACCGCUCCAGCCGUCACCACCAUCGUGACGGUUACCUCCACGCAACGCAACCCUGGGCAGAUCGUCACUACGCUCACGCUCACAUCUUCACUCACGUCCUCGGCGUCUCAAGCGUCUACAGUACUAUCACUUCCGCAGUCCCCCGCUCUCGUAGCGUCUUCGUCGGAUGGUACGCAUGCCACCUCCAAUCUCCAGCUCUCUCAGGGCGCAUCAAGCAUGGUGAUGACGAGCGAAACAGUGCCCGGAGCAUUGGGUAGCGCCACAAUCUCAACACAGAGCCCGUCCCAGUCCCAAUCUCAGUCCGCGAUACCUGUGAACGGGAGCACGGUCAGUAGCACUACGAUCGGGGCUGCGGCCGGAGGUGGCGCCCUCCUUAUCAUAAUCAUCCUGAUUCUGGGGAAGGAGAUGCUGCCGCAUAACCGUACGGAGGCUGCCAACGGCGGUGAUAAACCAAGCGAACAAACCCGCGGACACGAAUACGGCCCAACUCCCAUUCAUCACUCCCUAUUCCCUGGGUUCCCAAACGGGGACCCCUUCGUUGACGGCAACGAGGACCUCGGCCUUCUCGCGCCCGAAAUCUCGUCUUCGGGGGAUGUUGCAUCGUUUGGUGGCGGAGCAGCUCCUGAUUCGAACCUAUCGGCGGGGACCAUGGUCACUCCGGCACUUCGUUCAUCUGUACCACUGCACGAGGACGCAUCUUUGCACACUUCGACUCCGCCCUCGACGUUCCUCGAUGGCUGGAACACAGACGAAAAGGAUGAUCCUGAGUCCACUCCUGGAGCUCUACAGGCGGGAAACGGCGCGCCGCGCAUUGUCGGGCAGGCCACGCCGCGACCUGAGGAGCUGGCGGAGCAGCUCGCAGCGCUUCGCGAGGAAGUAGCGCAGAUACGGCGUUACCGAGAAGCCCGGGCCAUGUCGCCGCUCGAGGCACCCCCGCAGUAUAGCGAACCAUGA